GUUCAAGGCGACGCCGCAGGAAGAGCUGUGCAGCAAGACGGCGCCCAUCAUAGACUACAUGCUGAGCUACCACGUCAACCUGACCAAGGUGGACGGCCUCCUGAAUACCACUGUCAGGAUACUUCCGAUCCUGAACAUGGCGACGCCAGAGGCGCCGCAGGAGGUCGCCACCUUCCUGGAGAACAUGGUGGAGCUGGGCUACCGGGAAACCACCGCCCGCGAGAGGUCGUACCGCAACCUCCAGGAGCUGGUCGCCCCGGUGGUGUCCGAAAAGCUCGGCUGCGACUUCACUUCCUCCGACUCCAACGACUCCUCCUCCGACUCGGACCCCGAGGGCAGCUCGGCCUUCGCCCCGCACGCUGGCCUUGCGGCGGCGCUCUGGCCGGCGGCGCUCGCCCUCGUGGCGCUGCCGUGAGCGCCUCGCGGCGCCCUCGCCCAGCGGGCCUGCUGGCGCCCGCGGGCCCUCCGCGUCAGUUCGGCCAACCCCCUUUUAGCAGGGGCCCAAAGGGCCGUGGCGCGCGGGGCACGCCGGUGUCCGGCGGGCGCGCGCCCGCUCGCGCGGGCGGGGCGGGCGGUCGGCGGAGGCUCCUCCACGGGCCGCCCAGCAGCGGGGCCUGGGCCGAUCGGGCCGCCGGUGCCCCGCGCGUGCCUUCCCACCGGAUUCGUCGCUUUAGUGUGACCACUUGGGAACUGUGGAACCGUGCGAUCGAGGCCCUUGUCUUUGCCAUUGAGAGCUUUUUUUGCGACUGG